UCCCAACUUCCGUGAGGAUAUCAAGAUCACUGAGGAAAUUCGCGAGUCUACUCCGUAUCCUUCCGAACAAUCAGCCAAGAUGGGUUACUACGACGACGAAGGCUCCUACCACUCCAUCCGCCAGGAUGUGAAGCAUGGCUUGGCCAAGGCUGCCGACAAGCUGCUUCCCCAUCAUCAUCACAACCACCACCACCACCAUCAUCACAGUGACAAUAAUAACACUACCAUUACAGAGCACGUUGAGGUUGAUGUUGUCCGCCACGAUGCUAAUUCUUCGCGCCGCCCAGCUCCUGCCACCGAGUCGCAGCCUAACACUGUGUCCAUCCCCUGCCACCACAUCCGUCUGGGUGACUUCUUGAUGCUCCAGGGCCGACCAUGCCAGGUCAUCCGCAUCUCGACCUCGUCUGCCACUGGCCAGUACCGCUACCUUGGUGUUGACCUCUUCACCAAGCAGCUGCACGAGGAGUCUUCCUUCAUUGCCAACCCCGCCCCCAGCGUUGUUGUCCAGACCAUGCUCGGCCCUGUCUUCAAGCAGUACCGUGUCCUCGACAUGGCUGACGGCUUCGUCACUGCCAUGACCGAGACCGGCGAUGUCAAGCAGGGUCUGUCUGUCAUUGACCAGUCCAACCUUUGGUCUCGUCUCCAGCAGGCUUUCGAGUCUGGCCGCGGCAGCGUCCGUGUCCUCGUCCUCAACGAUGGCGGCCGUGAGCUCGCUGUUGAGAUGAAGGUCAUCCACGGCUCUCGCUUGUAAACAAGCUCUGCUUUGUUUUCAGGAAGGGUUGUCCAUCCAUCCUAUGGAUAUUCCAGGCUCGGUUCUAGUCUGAAUAAUGUGAAAUAUACCCCAUGGGCUUGGAGGGUGCGCGGAACGGAUUGUCAUUUUUGGAUCGGUUAGGGUUGUAUUUUGGUUAUGAGGCAGAGUGUCCAGUAGAUAGGAUCUGCCUAUAUGCCGCACUGUAAUUAAGAUGG